AUGGGAGCCCCCCGAGGAGAAAACCCAUUUGGAUUUGCCACAUUAUUGCCUCUUAUCUGGAUCGCUUGCGCCCUCGUUCUAUCAUAUCCCUGUAGUUAACGCCACCAAAUCCGACACGCUCAUCUCCCAAAUCGAGCUCCUUAAUUAUACUUAAUUUACAUUAAACUAAUCAACAACGGGACUCUUACCAUUAAACAAAUCUCUAUUAAUCUCACCCCUUCAUCUCCAGUCUUUCCAUCUCUACCAAAACAGACUUCGGGUCGGAUUCACGAGGGUCCGUUUCUUUUGUUAUCUCACCACUCCUGGAAAACCUUCAGUUUCGACGGUUGGAGCUGGUUUUUGGGAGUCUAGGGUUUUGAAUUUGGACUAUGGCUCAGACCCCGAGCAGAGGGCGAGUGGUUGGGGACUAUCUGGUGGGUCGGCAGAUAGGGUCAGGAUCGUUCUCGGUGGUGUGGCACGCAAGGCACCGAGUUCACGGAACCGAGGUGGCGAUUAAGGAGAUCGUGACGGGUCGGUUGAACAAGAAAUUGCAGGAAAGUCUGAUGUCGGAGAUCUUUAUUUUGAAGAAGAUCAAUCAUCCAAAUAUUAUUCGUUUACAUGAUAUAAUUGAGGUUCCUGGAAAGAUACACCUUGUUUUGGAAUACUGCCGAGGGGGUGAUCUUUCCAUGUAUAUUCAAAGCUAUGUAAGAGUUCCAGAAGCAACUGCAAAGCACUUCAUGCAGCAGCUAGCGGCUGGUUUACAAGUUCUUCGUGAUAAUAAUCUUAUACAUCGAGAUCUAAAGCCACAGAAUCUUCUUCUCUCCACAAAUGACAACAAUUCAGUCCUGAAGAUUGCUGAUUUUGGAUUUGCAAGAUCUCUACAACCUAGAGGGCUUGCAGAAACAUUGUGUGGUUCACCACUGUACAUGGCGCCAGAGAUAAUGCAACUUCAGAAAUAUGACGCAAAGGCAGAUCUCUGGAGUGUUGGUGCCAUUCUCUUUCAACUCGUGACUGGAAGAACACCAUUUACAGGAAACAAUCAGAUACAGUUGCUCCAAAACAUUGUUAAAUCUAGUGAAUUGCAUUUCCCUCCUGAUAAUAAUGAUUUGAGUGCUGACUGCAAAGAUUUGUGUCAGAAAUUGCUGCGCCGCAAUCCAGUGGAACGACUAACAUUUGAAGAGUUUUUUAACCAUCCAUUCCUUUCUCGAAAGCAACCAGAUGAAGCGUUAAGUAGUAGGAGAUCAUCAAGAAUAAUUGAUGGGUUUCCUUUGUCUGAAUGCAAUCCUGUGAGAAACACAGAGGAAAGUUCUCAAGAGGAUUGUAUGCCUUUCCCUCUAGAUGAUGAUUCUAGUGGUCCUGAAGGGAGCCCAUCAUUUUUGAGGAGGAGGUCCUCAAUGAAGUCUACCUAUGGAUUUUCUCUUGAUAAAAAAGUUGAUAGAAGGGAAACAAUAUUUAACACUCCCAACAACAUGGAUCUUGCUUCUAAAUACAGCAGUGCAUCACGUAAACCAGAAAUUACUGGCUUUAGGAUUGACAGUCUUAGGCCUUCAGAUGAGAAUGUCAAAGAACCUCUAAAAUCCAUGGAACAAAGACCAAUGAGAAGUUGUUCAAGAGUUGUGGAUUCAUUGGAGGAGUUGGUUGAUCAGGAUUAUGUUUUUGUAUCUGGACCCCCAAUGGAUGUGUCAUCUUCCUCAGCUAUUGCUUCCAAGCCAAGUCAUUCACAAUGCAGAUCAGGGAGUGCCCCUCUAACAUCUGUAAAUAUGAAGACCAAAUCAAGUGCACCAAUGCCAAUUGCUGGUGCAGGAAUCACUAAUACAUUUUAUACUGGAAGCUUGGAAAGUCAUAGCUCGGCACCUUCUGGGACUUCACAAGGAUCCAUGGAUAUAGGAGAUGCUUUAGAGCAGCCAUCAACUCACUGCAUGACAAGGAUUAAGUCAUUGCAGCAAUGUGCAUCUGUCAUCACUGAAUUGGUAAAUGAGAAGAUUGAGGCUGGUAAGCAACUAGAAGCAUUCUCAAUCCAGCUUGUAAUUCUUGCAAUUUGGAAGCAAGCACUGCAUAUUUGCCAUACACAGGCUGCCUCAGCUAUGGAGGGAAGUCCAACCCAAGAAACUUCUAGAUUAAGGAGGAGCACUGACAAGAAGCAUGGGAGUCCUGAUAUGCGAGAAUGUCUUGAUAUUGUUAACAAUCAAUGGCCAGGGGAUAUUUGCUCCCAGAUUGAGAGGGAAUUUCUCCAUCAAGUUGGGCAUGCUGAGGAACUUGCUAAGGUUAUUGAGCCUGGAAGUACAGAGAUGCCAGAUGCAAUGGAGAUGAUAUUUCAAUCUGCCCUUGCCUUGGGUAGAAAUGGGGCUGUUGAUGAGCUCAUGGGUGAUGUGGAAAGCGCAGUGUCCUUGUAUUCAAAGGCAGUGCACUUGUUAGUGUUCCUUCUAGUGGAAGCACCGUCCCUCAUUCUCAACCCUCCCUUCUCUCUUACAAACUCAGACCGGUAUAGGCUUCGAACUUACAUUGAUAUCCUUAAUAUCAGGCAAGUCCACUCAAGGUCUCAAAGGAUGAAUCUUCUUAAGUGCGAGGAUCAACAAUGCCCCCCUUAAAAACUAGUGUAACUUUUAAUCCAAGGUGCCAUGGUUUCCAUAUAAAAUUAUUUAUUUGUACAGCUAUUCUUUGAGUGACUGUGAGAUGUUGACUAGUGUGAUCCCUUAUUUGGGACUCAGAUCAUGAUUCUAUAAUUUAAAGAAUGAUGAAAUGUGCAAAUUUUUUCCUUCUCUGUC